UUACUUAUCAAAGAUAACUAGCAGCUCAGUGCUCUUAGCACGGUUCGGGGAACCGGUACGCUCGGCCAUCGAUUCGCGGGGACGGCGAAAGGAUUUUCGGUCGGCGACUUUGUCCCCCCGCGGCUUCCAGCGUGCGUAACGAACAUUUCGACGUUGACGAUGCGCGAUCGGACGUCCAGAAAUAUCAUCCUGAUAACGGGGGCAAAUUGAAUUGCGAGAAUGUGGGCGGCGCGCGAUUAUUCACCCGAUUCGCCUCAGUGAUGUGAAAGAAACAUGGAGGAACGAUCGAUGAGACAUCGCGGCGUGUUUCGUCUAUCGCUGAUCACAUGGCUGACAAUUCUCUCAGUCGUGAGGUGUCAAAGUGUUUGUCCUACUAGGUGCCUGUGCUAUCUUAGCCAAAUACCCAGGACCGUCCAGUGUUCGGAGCAAGGAUUGCAGAUCUUUCCCGAAAACAUUAGUGAUGUGGCCGAGUACCUGGAUCUGUCAGGCAACCUUUUAAGUGAGAUCACGGACGAAAUUAACCGGCUGACCGAGCUACAGUACCUGAAUCUGGCCAAGAAUCAGCUUAGAUCCCUGCCGAAUAAUCUUGAAGAAUUAACGAAGCUUCGCAAACUAGAUCUAUCGGGCAACGUUAUCGUUAAUACGGCAGAUAUUGCUUCCAUUAGCCAGCUCCCGGCCCUGACGGUUCUACGCGUCUCAAGGAAUCUAUUACCUGACUUGAAAGGGCUAACCAGCGAAGUGCUUCAGUCUGUGGAUGCCGGCCAUUGCCUUAUAAGAGAACUUGGCAACGAGUCCCUGAAUGGAUUGUCCGCGCUGAUCACUCUAAAUCUCGCGGGAAAUCCGCUGAAGAACAUUCAAACGCCUGUCAGCAAGACCCUACGGUCGUUAGACAUGUCUGACUGCGUCCUAAAUUAUCUCUAUCCAGACACUUUCAGCGGAUUUCCAGAGCUGGAAGAGCUACGACUGGUCAACAAUCCCACACUGGUGUAUAGCACUCGGCAUUCGACGCUGCAACACCUGAAGCUAAAGAAACUCGAUGUAUCGAGAUGUAACCUUGACCGACCUGGUCUUCAUGGUCUCCCGCUGUUAACGCAGGCUCGUCUCUCUCGCAACACAAUUCGUAUACUGCCAGAUCGUAUUUUCACUAAAAAUAAGCAACUGACGCACGUGUACGUAAAUGCGAACAACUUGGAGCGAAUAAACGCGAGUACAUUCGAGGGUCUGAUGAAGCUUCAGGUGCUGGAUCUGUCCGCAAACAACCUCGGAGAAAUUCACACGUCGGCGUUCCGGGAUAACAUCGAUCUCAGACUCCUGAAUCUUUCCUACAACUCUCUACACCGAUUUCCGGAUCUGUCGUCGCUGGUCACGACGCUGGACCUGUCUUUCAAUCUAAUCAACCGCCUCAAGCCGGACUCUCUGGAGGAGAUGCCCAGAAUCAGAAGCCUGAACUUGAAGGACAAUCAUCUGCAGUCGUUACCACGCGGUUUAAAUUCGAGGACGCUAAAAGUAUUAGAUCUACAGAGGAAUAGGCUCGUCGAGCUGCACAACGAUAGUUUCGCUAAAUUACCAUCGUUGCAAAAGAUUGAUUUGUCAGGAAAUCGCUUGACCGAGGCAGUUGAUCCCGCCAUAUUCCGGUACAAUCCAGAUUUGGCCCUAGUCCGUUUAGAGGAUAAUCCAUGGAGAUGCGACUGUAUACCGCUCUACUUCACCUACGAGUACUUAACGGAUCAUCCCGCGAAAACUGUGGGCUCGACUUUGAUUUGCCAGAGUCCGGCGAACGUUUCCGGCUUCUCGUGGGAAGCCGCGUGUUUCGACGCCUGGAACACCGACAUAUAUUACAACAAAGACAGAACUUGGGGAAUGGUAAUGAUCGGCUUGCUCAUCAUGGUCGUUCUGUGCGGCAGCAUCGUGUCGAUUAAGCACACUCUGAAGAUAAAGAGAAGAGUCAGCGAUCAGAGGCAGCAAAUUGAAUUAGCGGAAGAGAGAGAAAGAUUGCGACUGUUGCAAAGGAGGAAUCGACGUUUAGAGGAAGAAAUGGCGGAACUCGAAAUGCCAGAGGACAUCAGAAUUAAUCCUCUAGAAUUAGUCGGCCCGCCUAGCUACGAGGAAGCGGUUCAAAUGCCCAGGUUGGCUCGUUCGAUGGACGCUUUGAACGAGAUCUCCAUCGAAAAUGGCACUUUGCGCUCCAUAAAUUCCGUGGAUAAUCUACGGGCGAAGAAGAGAAGAACGAGGAGACCUCGAAAACGGACUCAGAGCGAGGACGAUCUGCUGAGACGAGAAGAACGCCGGCAGGAACGCAUCAGAAGAGGGAGGAAUAAUUCCAGCGGCAACAUAUGCGACACGGAUCAACUGCAUAAUACGAAUCCCAGGAAUCCUAGGGCAUCCUCGGCGCGCAGAGCCAGGAGGCACAGCGCCGCGGACGAGGCCAUCGAGUCCAGCAGUAGCAAGGACAGGCCAAGGCCGCAGACUCCCACCUCGAAGAAGAGAAAGAGAAGACAGGUGUUCAGAGAUGAGCAUGUUACUGACGACGAAGAUUCCGAUUACGUUCAGGUAAUGAGUUCCAACCGAUCCAUCGUCAUCAAGGAACUCAAGCGAGAGCCCAAGGGUGGCUACAGAGAAUCAUUCGUGGAACGCGAAUCUUAAACUGUCUCAUUUGUGAAUCAUUUCCGGGCGUAAAACAAAUCUUUUUUAGUACUUUAAUAAAAAUUUAAUAAACGAUAUAGACGAGA